GACCGGUCUUUUGUAUACGUUCAUAUAUAUCAUGCACGGCGAGUGUCGAUGUAAUAUGCUUUUACGGAAGUGAUAGUGUAUGGUCUUCUUUGGAAGUUAGUUGGAGUAUACACGACCUUCUUUAAAGCCAAUAUCUUGAAAUUUAUUGGUUUUCGAGCUGUAAUGAAAAUGACGGGAAAAGAUCCUGUACAACUUUUACGAUACAUGCAAGAUGCCAGUUCCCAGCUGACAAACGAGAUCCAGCAACUCCGAAGUGGAGCUUACCGCAAACUAUAUCAGCAGACUCGAAGUUUUAUAGAUGCGCUGCAGCGGAGUCCACAGGCCCAGACCACCAUGUAUGGGCCUAGCGUUAGGACAAUUACCGAGGUUCGACAAUGUUACGAGCAUUCAAAGAUACUCGACGCGGAUCGUCCUACACAUUUCACCUCCGUUCUCGAGUUGUUUCUCGAUUUAGUUGAUCAUCUGCAGAUGUUAGCUGGUCGAGCCACAGAUUGGAUCGGUGAGCCUGUCAUGGAAUUAACUGUUCACCCGAAGCAAGAGGAACUGUGCAGUAAAAUCAGUGAUGAACUAAGAUUUUGGAUACAAUUCACUGAUGAAGAAAACGAUUUCACAGAGCUCCAUAAACAUAAAACUUUAGAAGAGUUCCGUGGUUUAAACUCAGGUGAAGUUCCUGUAUGGGGCGCAGUAGUGAACCUUGUGCCAGUCCUGCUCAAAUCAGCAGAAAUUAUCGCUGAUCAACAAACGAAGUGGUCAAGCAUAACUGGGCGUCUCGGUAUGGGUAUCUACAGCCAACAAUGUAAAGACAGUGCUGAACAAAAUGGCGAUGGAGGUUCACGAGGGUCGUCUGGUAGAUCGUCAGCAGGAUCGAGUGGUAAAUCAUCCAAUAAAAAGAAACCAAAGAAAACAUACGCCGAUCAAGUUGACCAGAGGAACAAAGGAAAGAUGUCUUUACAUGAGCGGCCACCAUGGAAACCAUCAUCCACUAUUCCUCACAAUCUUUUCCCGAAAUUACAUAUUCACCUUAGUGACCCUAGCAAAAAUUUCUAGAUGAGUCAUGAUGCCACCUUUAAAAUUUAAUUGGUUGGAGGCAUGCAUAUUCAACAAGGAACAACGGAAUAUUCCUUUUGGGGGGCCUUAAUUUAAUUCCGUUAUCCUGCAUUUAAGUUGUUGUUUUCAGUACUACUAUGAUGCGGUCGCCAUUGCGAUUACUAUUUUGUUAUGCGUUUUAGAGUUUCGUUUUAAACAAAAUUUCCUAUUCACUGAAAGUAAGUAUUAGAAUAAGUAAUAGACCUAACUUUACUGUGUACAAUGAGAGAAUACGUUUAUAUCUCAGUUUAAUUAUGAUCAGCUGUUGUAGUAAUACUCUCGUAACUCAAAUUCGCAUGAUGACGCUUAGAAAUCUGAAGUGAUUGCGAUGUUUGUUAUAGAUCGGAUGUCAAAUUAUUAUUUUAGUUAUUUUAGUAUCGAUCUUGAACGAGUUGUACGCGUCAAUUAAUAAUAAUACGAGUUUAAUUCCUCUUCAGUUUUAUCGUCAGUAUCAUUUUACUAAAUCGUAUUUUAAUAAUAACAUGUACACUUUCGUCAUCCUUAUACAAUUGCCAUAAACGACAGCGGAUGUGCAAAUUAUAUUUCGUAAUAUCGCCACGAUUUAAUGUGCACCGUGAUUUAGAAGUAAAAUAUAUCAGGUUUAAUGUAUUAUAGGCUUAGUAUGUUUAUAGUAUGUAUAUAUUCUAACGAUUCGAUUUUACUUGAUAGUUAUAAACUUCAUAAGAUAUCCAUAAGAUAUUUCAAAAUAAAAAAAAACACAAAGA